UUAUAAUGAUCUAUUCUAAAAAGAUGAAACCGUUGGCGCUCCCUAUUUUGUAAUCUGGGAUAAGUUGCUAAACCGCUCUCUCCUCCUCCCGCCGCUAGAUCUCUCUUCUCUCUCUAAUCUCUCUCUAUAAUCUAUAUAUAUACACACCUGUAUUUUUUUACCUGAUUUUGGAUGCCGAAGCUCAAUGAAGACGACGAAGUCUACCAGCAAAUGGACCUGUACGAAAGCUCAGGUUAUAUUUGCUCUAUCAAGCCUUAUUGCCGCGGCAAUGAUUGCAGAUUACGUUUGGGCUUCGUCUUCUUUAUCUGCAACAUAUUUUUCAUUUUCCUCCAAAUUAGCUGCCGCCAGAUCUCAUAUAAUCGUCGCCUCAAAAUCUAGGAACACUACUGAAGAGACAGGAUAUAAUCGAAAUCAGAAAAGUUUAACUAGACAAAUCAUCCCUGCAACUUCUUUUGAUAUACCUGGGCCAGAAUUAGAAUGGGAGCAGAUGGAAAGUGCACCAGUGCCACGUUUGGAUGGUUACUCAGUUCAGAUAAAGAACUAUUUAUAUGUUUUUGCAGGCUAUGGAACAAUUGACUAUGUUCACUCCCACAUUGAUGUCUACAAUUUUACAGACAGCAACUGGUGUGACCGGAUUGAUAUGCCAAAAGAGAUGGCACAUUCCCAUUUAGGAAUUGCAACAGAUGGGAGAUAUGUAUAUGUGGUUACUGGGCAGUAUGGUCCUCAGUGUAGAGGUCCCAUUUCCAGUUCAUUUGUUCUAGAUACAGAGACAAAAACAUGGAAGAGCUUCCCUCCAUUGCCUGCACCAAGAUAUGCUCCGGCAACUCAAAUUUGGAGGGGUAGACUCCACGUGAUGGGUGGAAGCAAAGAGAACCGCCACACACCAGGUACAGAACAUUGGAGUAUUGCUGUGAAGAAUGGAAAAUCAUUAGAAAAUAAUUGGAGGGUUGAGAUACCAAUUCCACGUGGAGGCCCACACAGAGCAUCUAUAGUGGUUGAUGAUCAUCUUUAUGUUAUUGGUGGUCAAGAGGGUGACUUCAUGGCCAAACCCGGUUCACCUAUCUUCAAGUGUUCCCGUAGGAAUGAGGUUGUAUAUGGCGAUGUUUACAUGUUGGACAGUUCAAUGAAGUGGCGGGUGUUACCUUCAAUGCCAAAGCCCGACUCACAUAUAGAGUGUUCUUGGGUAGUUGUAAAAGAUGCUAUCAUUAUAGUUGGCGGAACAACAGAAAAGCACCCGGUUACUAAAAGAAUGAUCUUGGUUGGAGAAGUUUUUAAGUUUGAUCUAACUUCACAGAAAUGGUCUGUUAUGGGAAGGCUACCUUAUAGAGUGAAGACUGCUCAAGCUGGUUUCUGGAAUGAUUAUUUAUAUUUUAGUUCUGGGCAGCGAGACCGCGGCCUGGAUAAUCCUCAACCGGGGAAAGUUGUCGGAGAAAUGUGGAGAACUAAGCUCGUUUUGUGAUUUUGUAGUUCGCGAAUUUGUAUAGUUAUUAUAAAUCUUAUUAUUACAAGCACGCUAGUGUAAAAUAUGUGUUGUUCACAAUUCAAAAUUAUUGUUCGUUGAAAAAAAUCAUUGAAUCUAUUGAACUAAACUCU